UCUCUGGCCUUGGCGUGUAGCGCGGUGCAGCUAGUUGUCAGUGCGUGCUGGCAGUGGGAUUAAUUAACGCCAACCAGCUCGUGUUCCUGUCCGAUUAGUCGGCUAGUAACCUGGGAGCCGUUACAGCGGAGCUGAGCCACAAUGCUGAAAUGUAGAAGUGCAUGGAAAAAGCUUGCACCACUCGCUCGAGCCUCCUCCACUGUGUGCCGGCAGAAUGUGAGAAGAGCAGGGUUCAACAAUGGGAGAAUACCAGCAUGUGUACCUGCGGCUCACAUGUCCACCGGGCCUGCAGGGGGAGGUAGGGAAAACCAGCUGUACGCCCUCCUGGUGGGAGCAGCUUGCGUCGGUGGUGGACUAUAUGCGUACCGAACUGUCAAGGGAGACCAACGAAGAUAUAUGCAGCGUAUUGGUGAAAUUGAAGCCAGACAACAGAAAUCAUCUGACGAAGAAGCAGCCGCCCCCAUCGAGUCCGAGCCUCCUGCAGUGGAAGCCGCUGAGACAGAGGCUGUCACUGAGCCAGAGCCUGAGGCAGCACCGUCACCGGAGCCCGAGGCAGCGCCGUCACCAGAAGAGCCAAGCCCUCCCGCCCCUGAAGCAGAAGUAGUGGCCUCCACUGAAACAACUGAACCAACCAAAGCAGAUGAACCAGUGGUAGAAGCAUCUCCAGCAGAGGCAGCAGAACCACCUGCUGCAGCUGUAGUUGAGGAGGCAGAACCAUCCUCUCCCUCUGAGCCAUCCCCAGCCGAGCUUACAGAGCCGCCCCCUGCACCCGUUGUAGAGAGUGAACCUCCAGCAGCAGCAGAAAGCCCCACAGCAGAGCCAACCGAGCCUCAACCUGAAGUUGUGGCACAGAGUGCAGAUGAACCAGUGGUAGAAGCACCUCCAGAAGAGGCAGCAGAACCACCUGCUGCUCCUGUAGUUGAGGAGGCAGAACCAUCCCCUCCCUCCGAGCCGUCCCCAGCCGAGCUUACAGAGCCGCCCCCUGCACCUGUUGUGGAGAGUGAACCUCCAGCAGCAGCAGAAAGCCCCGCAGCAGAGCCAACCGAGCCUCAACCUGAAGUUGUGGCACAGAGUGGAGACUCGGCACCUGUCGCUCCCAAGAUCCCCUCACACGCCCCCUACGUCCUUAUUGGUGGAGGCACAGCCUCCUUCGCUGCUGCCCGAUCUAUUCGAGCCAGAGACCCCGGUGCAAGGGUGUUGAUUGUGACUGAUGAGCCAGACCCUCCAUACAUGAGACCACCUCUUUCUAAGGAGCUGUGGUUCUCUGAUGACCCCAGUGUGACGGAAACACUGCGAUUCAAACAGUGGAAUGGAAAGGAAAGAAGUAUCUACUUCCAGCCGCCAUCGUUUUACAUUAAUGCAGAAGAACUCGAUAGUGCAGAAAAUGGUGGAGUGGCAGUUCUCUCUGGCAAAAAGGUGGUUCACAUGGAUGUGAGAGGCAAUAAAAUAAAGUUGGACGAUGAUACUGAGAUUUCCUAUGACAAGUGUUUGAUUGCUACAGGCGGUGUGCCAAGAAAUCUACAGGUCAUUGAGAGAGCAGGAGAGGAAGUGAUGAACAGGACAACGUUGUUCCGUAAGAUUGAGGAUUUCAGAUCACUGGAUAAAGUCUCCAGAAACAUCAAGUCCAUCACAAUUAUUGGAGGCGGCUUCUUGGGCAGCGAGCUGGCCUGUGCCCUCGGCAGGAGAUCAGCUGACGGUGGCCUGGAGGUGAUACAGAUGUUCCCUGAGAAGGGAAACAUGGGAAAAGUGUUGCCUGAAUAUCUGAGCAACUGGACAACAGAAAAAGUCAAGAAAGAGGGUGUGAAAAUUGUCUCGGAAGCUCUGGUGAAAUCUGUUGUCUACAAAGAUGAUAAGUUAGAAAUCCAACUGAAAGAUGGCCGAUUGGUGAAAACCGACCACAUAGUUGCAGCUGUUGGCCUGGAGCCCAAUGUUGACCUUGCCAAGUCAGCAGGUCUGGAGGUGGACUCUGACUUUGGUGGAUUUCGGGUCAAUGCAGAGCUGCAAGCCAGAUCCAAUAUUUGGGUGGCAGGAGAUGCUGCGUGUUUCUAUGACAUCAGACUGGGCCGCAGACGAGUGGAGCACCAUGAUCACGCCGUCGUGAGUGGGAGACUAGCAGGAGAGAACAUGACAGGAGCAAGCAAACCCUACUGGCAUCAGUCCAUGUUCUGGAGUGACCUGGGACCUGAUGUGGGCUACGAGGCGAUUGGAAUAGUUGACAGCAGCCUACCAACAGUAGGAGUGUUUGCCAAAGCCACUGCCAAGGACACACCUAAAGCUGCUACAGAACAAUCAGGAACUGGUAUCCGUUCAGAGAGUGAAACAGAGGACACUGCUACCAGCCCAGUGGCCUCUUCAACACCUGCUCCCGCUGUGGUGGAGCACAAAGACGAGUACGGAAAAGGAGUCAUCUUCUACCUUAGAGACAAAGUGGUGGUGGGUAUUAUCCUGUGGAACGUGUUCAACAGAAUGCCCAUUGCAAGAAAGAUCAUUAAGGAUGGAGAAGAACAUGCAGAUCUGAACGAAGUGGCCAAACUGUUCAACAUCCACGAUGAUUAAAAUGGAGGCUGGCACUCAAUGUGGGAGGAGAGGAAAAACCAUCGUCUCAUAUUCCACCCAGCGUUUUGCACAUGUAUUUUUAAAAUCAUGGUCAAGAUGUGAUUGUCCUGCUUUCCCCCCACCAGGCUGAAAAUGCUGAGCAUGGAUUAUUGUUUUCCUCUGUGUGAUCAGAGCAGCUUGUUGUGAGAAAGGCUGCAAUAAAGGCUAUUUUUAAAUUGGA